CGCGCAAGCUCGGAUUUCGGGGGCGCUGGAGGAGACCGGCCCGGCUGCGCGGGAGCCGGAGAUGUGGGAACUCAGGCACCGGGGAGGCGGCGGCCCCGGCCCCGGGGGAGAGGCGGCGUCGCCACCCCGCGAGGGAGAGGCGGCCGGCGGCGACCACGAAACCGAGAGCACCAGUGACAAAGAAACAGAUAUUGAUGACAGAUAUGGAGACUUGGAUUCCAGAACAGAUUCUGAUAUUCCAGAAAUUCCACCAUCCCUAGAUAGAACCCCCGAGAUCCUCAAGAAAGCUCUGUCUGGUUUGUCUUCAAGAUGGAAAAACUGGUGGAUUCGUGGAAUUCUUACUCUGACGAUGAUUUCGUUGUUUUUCCUGAUCAUCUAUAUGGGAUCCUUUAUGCUGAUGCUUCUUGUUCUAAGCAUCCAAGUGAAAUGCUUCCAUGAAAUCAUCACCAUAGGUUACAGAGUUUAUCAUUCUUAUGACUUACCUUGGUUUAGAACACUAAGUUGGUACUUUCUGUUGUGUGUGAACUACUUUUUCUAUGGAGAGACUGUGGCUGAUUAUUUUGCUACAUUUGUUCAAAGAGAAGAGCAACUUCAGUUCCUCAUUCGCUACCACAGAUUUAUAUCAUUUGCCCUGUAUUUGGCAGGUUUCUGCAUGUUUGUGCUGAGCUUGGUGAAGAAGCAUUACCGUCUGCAGUUUUAUAUGUUCGCAUGGACACAUGUCACCUUACUGAUAACAGUUACUCAGUCACAUCUUGUCAUCCAAAAUCUGUUUGAAGGCAUGAUAUGGUUCCUUGUUCCAAUAUCAAGUGUUAUUUGCAAUGACAUAACUGCUUACAUUUUUGGAUUUUUUUUUGGAAGAACUCCGUUAAUUAAGUUGUCUCCUAAGAAGACUUGGGAAGGAUUCAUUGGUGGUUUCUUUUCCACAGUUAUCUUUGGAUUCAUUGCUGCUUACGUGUUAUCCAAAUACCAGUACUUUGUCUGCCCAGUGGAAUACCGAAGUGAUGUAAACUCCUUCGUUACAGAGUGUGAACCCUCAGAACUUUUUCGGCUUCAGAGUUACUCACUUCCUCCCUUUCUGAAGGCAGUGUUGAGACGGGAAACAGUGAGCAUGUAUCCUUUCCAGAUCCACAGCAUUGCUCUUUCCACGUUUGCAUCUUUGAUUGGUCCAUUUGGAGGCUUCUUUGCCAGUGGAUUCAAAAGAGCUUUCAAAAUCAAGGAUUUUGCAAACACCAUUCCUGGACAUGGUGGGAUAAUGGACAGAUUUGAUUGUCAGUAUUUGAUGGCAACUUUUGUGCAUGUGUACAUCACAAGUUUUAUAAGGGGUCCGAAUCCCAGCAAAGUGCUGCAGCAGCUGCUGGUGCUUCAACCAGAACAGCAGUUAAAUAUCUAUAAAACGCUGAAGACGCAUCUCAUCGAGAAGGGAAUACUACAGCCCACCUUGAAGGUAUAAUUGGAGCCGGAGAGGGAUGGACUAACAAUAAAGAAUUCUACAGGAAAGCACUGACAGACGACAUUUUUGUAAUUGUACAGAGAAACGGUUGAAAAUGCAAUGGAUUGCAGUUUUACAGUCAUGAAUGUUUCCUUUCUGAAAUUACUGUGAAUAUUUAACACUUUCUUGAUCUAAGUUAUGAAAUAAGUAGCAAAUGGAGGGCAAAAUGUCUUGUACUUUUUCUAAAGUGUAUUUUCUGAUGUUAACUUCCUUCCCAUUACUUGCUAGGCUUCGUCACUUUAAAGACUUGUAUUUUGAAGAGUCACACACUAUGAAAUGAGUACAUUGAGGAUGUCUUGAGGUUUCACCUGGCGGUGCACCCUUUUCACAAAUAUUUACCUUUGUAGUCGGAGCCGUUCUUAAUUUUCAGCAAAACGUUUUAUGUAAGGCACAAUAGGAAGCUAGUUCUCCUCCACUUCCUCCUCUUUCAGUCUGAAGUAUUUUCUGAAGGGCUGACUUGGAUCCAAAAAAAGAAAAACUGUCCACUUUCCAAGAAGUAAUUAUUUGCCAGGGGAAAACAUUCCACUUUUAGGUAGGUUUGAAAUUCAAGAGAGAGGGGCUGAAGUUUCUACCACUUGGUUUGCUCGAAAGAGCCGACACCAGACUACUUUGAUAAAAUGAUUUGGAAAAAAACAGGAUCUUCUCAAAAGCUUUCAAGAGAAAUUGGAGAAUUCCGCCGGGAAGAACGGAUGUGCGCAUGCCCCACCGUUAUCUCAACAGACAGGCGGUCAGGAGGCAGCGCUGGAUGAUGGCGCACGCACAGCCUACCUCUUGGUUGAGCUCUCUGCCUUCGUUUCCCUGUGAGCUGGUCUCCGUAAGUUCUGUACCCACGAACGUCAGUAUGUAGGGUAGUGAGGAGGGGUGGCGACCGAGGCAGAGCAGGGGGCGCUCUGCUGAGAGCAACGCCCCCCACCACCACGAUGCGGCUCCACACGCCUGGGUCCCGUAUAGCCCACCGGACACUCCCCUGGGAGGAAGCGAGCUCCGCCUGGAAACCCCAUCCCAGACGGGCUCCAUGGUAGCAGCUAAUUUUUGUCACGUUCCUCUUUCACAUCAUGUCACAAAACCCGAGCUCAUUAGCUGGUGUUUUUUUCCUUCCAACAACGAAAAUCAAGCAGAAGUGAUUCCCACCAAGAACAAAAAGCACACGAAUGCCAAACCUUUCCUUCGGUGGACUGGACACUGUAACCAGAGAAUACAUUUCUUCUCAGUGAGUCGGUAAUCUGUUGCUGUGUGCUCACUACAACCGUGUUUACUGUAUUGAAUGGUCAGCACAAAAACCUUCAAAAAUCGCCUAGUGCUCCUUGGCUAAAUGUUCGGAGAGGAGAAGUUGAUAUAUUUUAAAGAAUGUUUUGUUAAUGAAAAGAGUACAUAUUUUUGUUUAAAUCAGAAACAAAUUUCAAUUAUUUUAUAUUUCUGUUCUACAAGUCUACUUAAAAUAAAAAAGUUGCCGAUGUGCCCGGGUCCCACGGAUGUAAUGUAUAACCAGCAGCCUCAUCACGUGUACUACAUGAUCAUGGUGGAGAGAGUUAACUCAGUCCCAAGAGUCUAAUGUCUUGGUUUGGCAUGCACUCAGUCAGUUCAUCACCACUGGAUGUGUGCAGUCAGCGUUAUUUCACACUAUUCCAUAAGCACCUAGAAUUGGCCCUGGAUAUGUUAUUACAGAAGGAAGUGAUCACUUAUAAAAUCAGGCUACCUUCAGGUUAAUUUUCAACAUUGCUCGUUUUUACUUGCUGCAUUAAAAGCCCCAAAUGUGGAUCAUAAAAUAAUUUUACUUACCAAAGUUUAAAAAAUAUUGUAAUAGGAACUUCUGUUGAAAACUUGGUGAUUUGCACAAUAAGAACUUCUUGGACAAAAUGCAGUUCCCUCUGCAUUUUUCUUUAGUGGUGAGUGAAGUAUUGCAAUAUAGAAUUAUGAGAGCAUUACUGAAUACAUGUAUUAUAAAAUUGAUACUAUUAUAAACAAAAUCUGAAGCUAGAAAUAUUUGGGGUCACAGUAAUAGCUAUCCUCAAAUAUACUUUUAGAGUUGGGUGUAUAUUAUUCUAUAUGUAAAAAAAAUUCUUAAUUUUAACAGCUCUAAAGAUUGACCUUUUUAGUGUACUUUUAUAGCAUGUAUAUUAAAAUAGAAUAUAUUUUAGCAAGAAUAAACUUUAGCAAAGAUUGCCAUAAAACCCUGACUUUGAUCACUUUUAUAUUUGCACUCUGAAGUGGGCUUAAAUUCCAGUGUAGCAAAUGUGAUGGCAGGAAGAAUGGAAGACUAGGAACUUCCUUGAUAGUAAUGUCCAAGUGUUCCAAUCUGCUAUUUGGAGAGGUACUCUGAGGGUCCUGUUUAGUACAAAUGUUUCCUCAGUGCUUUUCCCCUUGUGGUGAUGGGUAUACAUUUACUGUCUGAGAAUAAAAAGACUACACCCACACACCCUUUUAUCUUUAUAGUAUCUCUUCAUUUGUAAUUUGGUUUGAACAAAGAAAGUGUCACCUAUCAGGGGAAAAGAAAAAGUAGAAUCAGUGUUUAUCUACUGUAUAUGGGUGGGAGAUAGCUUAUGAUAUGUGUCAAUCCAUUCUCUGAACCUCUUAGACAGGAAAAUAAACAAAUCACAUUUGAA